AUGCGUCUUCUUCUUCAUCGACCUCUUCGUAAGCUCUCCUUUUUAUCCUCAAGCGCUGGUCUUCUAAUGGGCACCGUGCAACUCUUCAAGUCCACUCCUUGUCCAAACCCAUUAACUCCUUCACAAAGACACUCAUUUCACUCCCAUAGACUCGUUUUCUCUCCACUCUCGCCAAAACCCAUGUCUACAACGCGGCCACUUUGCCUUAGAACUAAUGGGUAUUCUUAUGUCUCACAUGCCAAUGGCGCCGCACCAGCUGAAUUAGAAAACGCAGAAGAAAAGAGAGUGGACUUUAACCAAUUGUCGCGUUUGAAGCUGAAAUUGGAGAUGCUUGGCAUAGACUACGGAAUAUGUAUGCCAGGGCAGUACAACCACUUGAUUUGUCCAAUAUGCAAAGGUGGUGAUUCAGAGGAAAAGAGCUUAUCGGUUUAUAUUUCAGAAGAUUGGGGUUCUGCUUUUUGGUGUUGCUUUCGUGGGAAAUGUGGGUGGCAAGGUAGAACAACGGCCGUUGGAGAUAACAAGUUGUCACGUGAAACUUCAAAUCAAAUCGCCAAAGUGAAGAAAAAAAGGGAAAUCACGGUGGAAAGUCUAGGACUGGAACCACUUUGUGAGGAGCUUGUUGCUUAUUUUUCGGAGCGAAGUAUAUCAACGGAAACAUUGAGAAGAAAUGCUGUAAUGCAAAAAACUACAGGUGUUCAGAUUUGUAUUGCAUUUCCUUAUUGGAGAGACGGAAUGCUUGUUAGUUGCAAGUAUCGGGACAUCGAAAAGAAGUUCUGGCAGGAAAAGGAUACCGAAAGGAUUUUUUAUGGGCUGGAUGAUAUAAAGGGAACUAAUGAUAUCAUCAUUGUUGAAGGCGAAAUUGAUAAGCUUGCAAUGGAAGAAGCUGGCUUUCAUAAUUGCGUGAGUGUGCCUGAUGGUGCUCCCGCAAAGGUUUCCUCAAAGGAUUUGCCACCUGAAGAGCAGGAUACAAAGUAUCAAUAUCUGUGGAACUGCAAAGAGUACUUAAAGAAGGCAUCACGAAUUAUACUUGCCACUGAUGGAGAUGAACCUGGUCAAGCCCUAGCUGAAGAGCUUGCACGUCGCCUUGGAAGAGAAAGAUGCUGGCGAGUCAGAUGGCCAAUGAAAAAUGAUAAUGAGCACUUCAAAGAUGCAAAUGAGGUUCUUAUGUACUUGGGUCCCGAUGUAUUGAAGGAAGUAAUUGAGAAUGCUGAAUUAUAUCCUAUACGUGGAUUGUUCAAUUUUGCAAAUUACUUUGAUGAACUUGAUGCAUAUUAUUAUCGGACUCUUGGAUAUGAGUAUGGUGUCUCAACUGGGUGGAAAGGUCUGAAUGAGUUGUACAAUAUUGUUCCAGGUGAGUUGACUAUAGUAACAGGUGUCCCUAAUUCAGGCAAGAGUGAGUGGAUUGAUGCUCUGUUGUGCAAUCUCAGUGAAAGUGUUGGGUGGAAAUUUGCACUUUGCUCUAUGGAGAACAAGGUUCGGGAGCAUGCGAGAAAAUUGCUGGAGAAACACAUAAAGAAGCCUUUCUUUGAUAAACGUUAUGGUGGUUCUGCUGAACGAAUGAGUGCCGAAGAAUUUGAGCAAGGGAAACAAUGGCUAAAUGACACCUUUUACCUCAUAAGGUGUGAGGAUGAUUCCCUUCCAAGUAUCUCUUGGGUUCUUGAGCUCGCACAAGCAGCAGUACUUAGGCAUGGGGUGCGUGGACUUGUAAUUGAUCCUUACAAUGAGCUUGAUCAUCAACGUCCCCCGAAUCAGACAGAAACUGAGUACGUAAGUCAGAUGCUUACCAAGGUCAAACGGUUUGCUCAGCAUCAUUGUUGCCAUGUUUGGUUUGUGGCACAUCCGAGACAGUUGCACCAGUGGGUCGGGGGUCCCCCUAAUCUCUAUGAUAUAAGUGGAAGUGCACACUUCAUAAAUAAAUGUGACAAUGGAAUUGUAAUUCAUCGUAAUCGGGAUCCAGGGGCUGGUGUAUUGGAUCAAGUACAAGUUUGUGUUCGGAAGGUACGGAAUAAAGUUGCAGGAACGAUAGGUGACGCCUAUUUGACAUACGAUAGGGCAACUGGUCAAUUUAAGGAUAUUGGUAUUGAAAAGAGCACAUGA